UUUGCUUCAAAAAGAGGAAUGGAUCUCAAUCCCAAGAAAUGUAAGGAAAUGAUCAUUACUUUCUUGAAAUGCAACCACAUUUGUUUUAGUCCUAUUUACAUCUCGGGAGUUCCCGUCGAAUUAGUAUCUUCACUUAAACUACUUGGUGUCCACUUGUCUAAUGAUCUUACAUGGAAUUUACAUGCCGAUUAUACAAUAAAAAAGGCAAAUUCGCGAUUAUAUUCCCUCCACAAGUUACGUAAAGCUGGUCUGAAGCAAUCUGAUUUGGCAACAGUUUAUUGCUCUUUUAUAUGUUCACUUUUGGAAUAUGCGACACCGUCGUGGGCUACGUUGUCAUCCAUGUUGUCCAAUGAAACUGAGUUGAUUCGACGUCUUGCUCUUAAAAUCAUCUAUCCUGACUUGUCAUAUGCCGAUGUACUGGAUACUACCGGAUUUGAUACAUUAAUUGGUCACAGACACGAUGCCUGGAAGUCGUUCGUUCAGAAGUUAAAGGGUCACAAGUCAACCUUCCGCAACCCGCUGGUAAACAUUCUUAAAGAAACACCGUACAAACCCGUCCAUGACUAUUGCCUGCGAAACAGCAAUCCUCCUGCACCGCUUAUAUUUAAUGAACGGUUUCACAACUUUGUUACAAUUAAGUACAAUUUGUAA